AUGAUCGUCAUGGGAAGAAUUUCUUUUACUGUUUGUUGCUGGCUGAUUUUGCCGAUCACGGCCUUUCAAGUCUCCAGAAACCUUUUGACCAAAUCAGUAAGAGAUCGUCAAGAUGCGGUGCUAUGGUCGACAAGAAAAGAUUUUGUCGCAACUAUGACGGGUGCUUCUUUGGUCCUUGCUACGAUCGGAGCUUUUCCUCUGGAGCCGGCUGUGGCAUCAGGAGGUGCGACGGCGGGGGGAGUGUACCUUUUGUCAGCCAAACAGCGCUACAACGAUCGCGUUAGCAAGGGUGUCGCCGGAUUUUUGGCACUUGGGGCUGCAUUGGAAAAUGGUGAUAUCGAUUCAGUCAGGGCGUUCUUUGCUAGCGAAGAGGUCGGAUCAUGGAAAGAUUUUAGUGCCGCAGGAUAUCUGCUUGCUAAUGCCUUUCGCCGCAACUCUUCUGCUGCUCCCGAUACUCUCCCAAGCGUCAAGAAAUGGAAGGCGUAUACCGCUGAGGUUGAAAACAUGAAUAAGGCUUUGAAAAAAAAGGACACGAAAAAAGCGCUUGAUUCCUACGCAGUGGCUUCGCUCGCCUUAGAUGAGUAUUUGGAGAAAGUCGAGCUCCCGCCCGGAAAAGAUCUCCUGGUUGCAAGCUAGCGCUUUUGAUCCAUUUAUCCAAUCCGGCGAUGUAAUAACGCUUGAAUGCUUGCGCGUGGCUACGUAUUUAUCACUCUGCGACAAGUAAACGAUUUGUAUGGGAGACGAAGUCGGCCCUACGUCAACUGCCUCAUAUUCAAUCGUUAGAAAUAAGCUUGAAUUUUCGAAAGCUCUGU